AUGCCACUCGAUGCUCCACCCGCUGGCAAACAUAGUCACGAAAAAAGCAAUCGGUGAGAAGGUCGCCGUGACUUUUGUUCUGGGAAUUUCUCGUCGAUCGAUUCGCUUCUUCCACGUUUUCCAACGCUGAAUAUUAUCCGAUUUGCAGAAUGGACCCCACAAAACCGUUCGACUACAGCGCCGCCGAAUAUCAUUAUCAGACGAGUGCGGCGGGCGGCGCGGGAGCCACCGCAAACGGCUCGGCCGCCAACGUUUCGCCCUUCUUCGGCUAUCACACGUAUCCGGGCUCGUCGACGAACGGAACCGCCGCCGCGGCAAUGUACGCAACGCCACAGCAGCAGGCGACCGCCUACGGCAUGUAUCCACCCGGACCAGGCAGCUCUCCCGAAGGUUUGUACACGUCCAAGUCGACACUUUGCCUCAGAGUGAUUGUAUCAAAAUGUGAUCAACAGCAAAAAUGAAGUAAAACUUGUCAUCUUCAACUUUGUAGUUGACAACUUUUUUGCACCAUCACUCCCAAGACUACUGUAGCUCGUGGAAAGUGUAGAACGGCAGAAUACCCUUAGAAGUGGUCGCACAAAAAAGUGGUCAACUACAAAAAUGCUCAAGUAGACAUGAAGAUUUGACCCCAAGCUCUUAAAUCCAUAGAAUUGAGAAUAGGGACACAAGACGUGAGAACAAUCCGAAAGGUUAGCGAUGAAAAAGGUGGGAGCCGUCUAGAAGCGUCGAAAAAUGCAUUUUGAACAUGAUCUUCCACUCGGAAAUUCUGCCGUAAAGUUUGUACUUUUGCUCUGCCAGAGCCGUAACCUUUAAAACCAAAGCGGGCCACCCGACAUCCCCCUUUUCGUUUCCUUUCCUUAACUUUCCCCCUCACAUUACGAAUUCUCGCCGUGAACCUCGAAAUAAUGACGUCACACCGAUAUUGUACGUUCAAUGGUAAGCCCCUAAGAAGUGACAAAUUGAUAUCAUCCACUUGCGAAUCGGGUGCCGCCCCUUUGGCCGGUUGCCAGAACAUCAAAGACGUCAAUGAGUCGUUUCGAUUGUAGCGUCUGCACAUUUCGCGGGCUAUUCUGAUCCGGAAACUGAGAAACUGAGUGUAUAAAAAGAAGGCAGCAAUCCGCAAAAAAAACUAGUUUAGAAGGCGGCUACUCGUCCGAGCACACGACCACAAAAAUUGUCGAGGGUUGCGAGGCAAAGUACAACGGAAAAGGGAAGAAGAUGCGCAAACCGAGGACCAUCUACAACUCGCAACAACUGCAAAUGCUACAGAAGAAGUGAGUUUUUCGAUUUGAGCACUCAAAAUUCAAACGAACAUUGGUUUAGAUUCCAAAAAACGCAAUAUUUGGCGCUUCCGGAUCGAGCCGCACUCGCAGCCGAACUUGGCCUUUCGCAGACUCAGGUAGGCGGCGCCCUUCUUGUUAUCAUUACCUUCGCGCGCGCGGUGAUUUGUGUCGCCGGUGGCCGAGUGGCUAACGCGUUCGUUUUUGGCGCCGGUUGGUGGUCCCGUAUCAAUGACCUUCUUCUCCACACCAUCCGGCAAUAAUCCGAGUCGUAAUCCGUUUCGUAAUCCUCCACACUGCACGUGUGCCUUAUUCACCCCCCUUCGUUCGUAAAAACAGUCUCAUUUACUCGCCUUGAGAAGGUCACGUCUCGGUUUAUGUACGCUCCAUUGGCUGUUUGCAAAAGUGAAGUGAAAGUGGCGAAUGACGUGGCAAACCGCAGAGGACCGCGCUUUAAUUAUUGUUUUCGGAGCCCUCGCAGCUUAAUUAUAUAGAAGUCAGUCUGGCUCGCGCUCGCGCGCGCGCAUUUCACAAAUAUUAUAUAACUUUUCGAGGGGAGGAAAGGUGCCUAGAUGGUUAUCGGCGGGACGGGUAAGCCUAUCAAUCAUUGGCGACCACAACAUGUGUCCGAUGGUUAUCGCGACGGAAAUGAAAUGAUUGGCAGGUUUUCUGGACAAGGUCUUGGCACGAAAAUCGACUGUAGAAGCUUGAAUUCACUAGUUUCGACUAUCCGGAAAGCGUGCCGUUUGUUCAAUGCAAUGUAUCUUGGUUAUCUUUAGAGAUAUGAGGAAGUGGUCAACUAACAAAAUGUUCACCAGGAUAUUGUUAACAUUUUGUUAAUUGACAACUUUUUCAUACCUCUAAAGGCAACGGAGAUUUGCCGUUUUGAGUCCACGCGAUGGUAUCACCCUAAAACCGUUCGUUCAACGUGAUGUAGCUUGGCUGUCUGUAGAGAUAUGAUCAAGUUGUCAACUGAUAAAUUGUGAAGUAAGAUAUUUUAAACAUUUUGUUAGUUGACAACUUUUUGAUAUCUUUUAAAGCAGCUAAGAUACAGCUAAGAUACGGAAGCUUGCCGAUGCAAUGUUUUAUCACAGACCGUCACCGUAUCUAAGCUGUAUCUUAGCUGUAUGUGAAGAUAUAAAAAACUUGUCAACAGAUAAAAUGUGCACAUUUUUGUGUAGAACAACUUGUUUGUUGGACACUUUUUGAUAUCUCUUCAAACAACUGAGCUACACCGGCUCAAAUGGAGUCUAUAGUCUUUAGUGUAAAUUUGUGCUAUUGUAGAUCUGUAAAAGCUGAGACCUUGAUCCUUAGCGGUUGAAUCGUCGGUUCCGCGACACAAUGUUACGGUAGUUUGUGUGUGGGUGACCUCUAUAGGCAUCUCUAUUCACAAGCGCACCAUCGGGGCCACGGGGGGAGGCUAAUUAUCCUCCACGGAUGUCUCUCUCUCUCUCUCUCUCUCUCUCUCUCUCUCUCUCUCUCUUUCUGUGUACAUUGGCCCGUUUUUCAAAACCGUCGGAUCGGAAACGAAAUCGAAUUGAAUUGACUGAGCGUCGAGUCAUUUCGACUCCAACCGGCGGGGACCAACUGUUGAAUUGAACGAUUUUCGUCGCGGUUUUCAGGUAAAAAUCUGGUUCCAAAACCGGCGGUCGAAGCAGAAAAAGCAGAAGACGGGCACGUCGGACCGCGCGUCGGACGAGGACGACGAUACGGAAGACUCGAAGCCGGAGAGCCCGCCGAUCGGAGGCUCCGCAGCCGCCGCCGCCGCCGAUGCCACGUCGACGAUGGGCGGCGCGCAGAUCAAUCAGGUGAGCAGUGGUGUCAGACGAGCUCGCGUUAAACAGGAGAUCGACUACGGAACGGUAAGAAGAAGAGCCCGUCACUUUGACUGCUAGGCAUAGAAUCUCUCAUAGAACUCUUGUAGAAUAGUUUGAAUCUCAAUUUAUAUCAUCCUGUUACUAGUGUUAACAGGUUCUUCGCUAUCUAGUAGGCGUACCGUCUAUUCAACGCGAUGUAUCUAGGUUAUUUUUAGAGAUAUAAAAAAGUUGUCAACUAAUAAAAUGUUCAAUAGGAAAUUGUGCACAUUUUUGCAGUUGACCACUUUUUGAUAUCUCUGCAAACAGCUGAGGUAGAUCGUGUUGAAUGUACAACAGCUUCUCUCAGGCAUCACCUCCCAAAACCGCUCAUUCAAUGCGAUGUAGCUCGGCUGUCUCUAAAGGUUUCAAAAAGUUGUCAACUAAUAAAAUGUUCAUUAGAAGAUUGUACACAUUUUUGCAGUUGACCACUUUUUGAUAUCUUUACCAGCGGCUGAGAUAUAUUGUUUUGAAUGUGCAAAUGCUUCUCUACAGCAUAACCCCAAUACCGUCUAUUCAAUGCGAUGUAGCUCGGUUAUUUUUAGAGAUAUAAAAACGUUGUCAACUAACAAAAUGUUCAGUAGAAUAUUAAACACAUUUUCUCUGUUGACCACUUCUUGAUAUCUCUGCAAUCAGCUGAGAUAGAUCGUGUUGACUGCAAGUCGGCUUCAAUGCCUUCAAAAACCUCCCGGUUUUGCAGGACAACUCCUCGCCGCCCGGCCCUCCUGCCACGUCGAUGAUGCCCGACUGGCCGUCGCUCUCGCAGAUGCCCAGCUCGUCGAGCCAACAUCUUCCGUCCGUCGGCUCGCUGCCCCCGAUGGCGACGGUCGGCUCGCUCGGACUCAACGGCUACGACGGACUAAAGUACGAGGAGAAGUUGCCGCAACAGCCGUUGAAUCCCUAUGACAUGUCGGCCUAUUACACCCCGUACACCCAUCCACAAUUCACAUAUUCACAAUAUUAG